AUGGCAACCGAACCCGACCAUGGCCUCUCUGGCUGGGGCAUCUUCUUCCUCGUAGCUUUUGUCUUCAUCGUCAUAGGCGGAUGCGCAUGGAUAAUAUUCACACAGUACCGCGCCCGACGAUUGGGUCUUCCCGCUCCCUCACUCAAUCCCUUCACACGUGGCCGACGACAACAAAACUCAUACCAGGCCCCUUCACCAGCAUCAGGAGGUGUAGUUGGCUGGAUCAAGGACAAGGUCGGCGCAUUGAAGAGCAGUGUCGGAGGAGGAAGAUCAUCUGGCGGCGCAUACGAGCCCAGCGGUGGUUACGGAAGAGGUGGUCACCGUGGCUUCGGCCCUCUGGAUCCUGAUGAAGCCUGGGACACACGCGUUGGUAACGAGGCCGACUAUGGUAUGGGUCGCGACGGCUACUACGAAGAGCAUGACUUGGGCUCCCCGGAUAUGAACUCUGGGCCAUACGGAGGACAUGGAUAUGGAGGAGGGAACAUUGGUGUUGGAGGAAUUGAAGAGACAAGAGGUCGUGCUGCCAGCCGUCAACGCGAGCUGGAUGCACGAUAUGACGAGGAGAUGCACGGCACCAACCCAUUCGGCGAUGACACAGCUGAACGCAGCAGCAUUAAGAAUACUGGCUCUGGUCCUACUGUUGACACAUCUUUUGGAGCCUCAGUUCAAAAGCCGCCGCAUCACAAGAACCAGCAGAGUCUUGGUGCUCAGUCUGUCGACUCUCCCUCGGAGCGCCGCAGCAUCUUCCGCGAGGACAUGUAA